UGUGAUAAACUUAUUAAAUAGAGUUGAAAAUGUUGAAUCCAAGUGAGUUUGAUGACUUUGAUAACAGACUGCAUGGACUGGAUGAUGGCUUCAGUCUGCUGUCCUUCUCUGACCUGAAAGGGUGAGGCUGCAAAGUGCCCCAGACUCAGCUGCUCGAGUAUCUGGAGGUACUUAACAAAUCUCCCAGCGGGAAAACAUCCUCCAAGCGAAAAUCUAAAAAUGGUAAAGUAUUCUACACAAACGGAGUGGGAGGGGGAGGGAGUUCAAGCCAUACUUCGUGUCACGAGGACUGUUGUGAUGAACCAUCGCCAUGUAAGAGGCUGAACUCGAGGGGAGAUUGGAUCCCGGAGUCAUUGUCUGCUAAACCAAUCCUGGACGUAGGCCUGGAUUGUUCAGUUGUGCCAAUACAGUUUGGAGGUCUGGCAAUGGCCCAGACAACCGACUUCUUCUACCCCUUAGUUGACGACCCCUACUUGCAAGGAAAAAUAGCAUGUUCCAAUGUGUUGAGUGAUCUGUACUCCAUUGGAGUGCCAUACUGUGAUAAUAUUCUGAUGUUGUUGGGAAUCCCGACUAAAAUGACGACUAAAGAGAGAAGUGUGGUUAUUCCGAUGAUGAUGCGAGGCUUCAGGGAUCAGGCAGCUCUGGCUGGCAGCCGUGUGACGGGAGGCCAGACUGUGUUGAACCCCUGGUGCAUCAUAGGCGGAGUAGCUUCCAGUGUAGUUGACCCACACAAAAUUGUCAUGCCCCACAAUGCGAAAGCGGGCGACGUGCUAGUGUUGACUAAACCGCUAGGAACGCAAGUGGCUGUGAAUGCUAAGCAGUGGUUCAUGGAGAAGAACAGUUUUUUCCUGGAGAAGAUAUCAGGUGCUGCAGAUGGCUCUGGAAGUGAAGAGAGUGUGAAUAGAUUGUACAGAGAUGCCAAGAUGUCCAUGACAGAACUUAAUCAAAUUGCGAGCAAGUUAAUGGUAGACUUCAACGCUAGAGCAUGUACCGACAUCACUGGCUUCGGACUCACGGGCCACGCGGACAACCUCUGCCAGGCUCAAAAGUCAGACCAGAAACUGCAGUUUGUUAUCAACUCUUUACCUGUUCUGAAGGGGGCUGUGCAGGUUGACAGAGCACUCAGUGGGAUGUUUAAACUGCUGGAGGGACAUUCGGCAGAAACUUCGGGUGGACUCCUGAUCUCCUUUCCCACCACUUCAGUGUCUGGCUUCAUGUCUCAAUUCAAAAGGCUCUCUGGACACAUGUGCUGGAUCGUAGGAACAGUUAGGAAAUUCGAAGACAGCUACGACAGAUACAAUCUAAAGAACAACAAACCACCUCCUUAUGUGGCUGUGGCGAUGGAACAGCUCAAGGUUGUGGAGGUGAACUACGAUUCCAUUUUCAACACUGAACCAGGCAGAAAAGAGUGCACGUUAGGCUGUUUGCACCCUGAACUAGCAAACCCAAACUUCAACUCAGAAAAACACCUCAAUGGCGAAGUCACAAUGAAAGAAGAGGCCAAUUCUAACAACUCAGGGAAUAUUUAUGUUAAAAGCAUGAAAACUGAAGGAGAAACUUCGGGCGUAGAAACCGUUAUAACAUCUGAAGGAGCAACACAUAAUGAAUGAGUGUCGCAAAAAGGGUGUCUAUUUGGUUGUCAUGAUCUUGUCCUCUUGUCAAUUUCUGUAUUUGUUGCCAAAUUUUGGACUAGUUCUGACUUCAAAGUUUUGUCUUCUGAGAAAAACUUUUACUCGUAGUUGAUCACAGAAGACGGAACUAGUCUACUUAUUCAUGAAAUUAUUUAUGCCUUUUCCUUUUUAUUUAUUCAAUCAAUGACAUCCUUUUCUUCCUUGUUUCGAAGUUAACAAGUGGCUGGUGAGAAGAACACAGAUGUUUAAAGAAUUGGUGUUAGUUUGAAGGCUGGCCAUUUAGCGUACCAGUUGCUCAUCAUAUCAAAAUAUAAUCGAAAGUUUAGUUUGUCUCUUAGCAUACUCUUAUAUAAGAUAGUCACGUAGCAGAUUCUUUCUUUCAGAGAGGAGUAUGCUAGGCGACUGAUAUGCUAAGUGACCUGGCCCCGUUAGUUUUCGUUUUUUUUUUUUAAAUUUAACCAGUAUUCCACGUUAACUUCUUGAGCUAAUUUCAGCCUAUGGUUUUCUUGUCCUGCUUGUUUUAUCGGUAACUGGAUAAUGAUUAGCUUGUUUUAUUGUAUAUGUAUCUUGAUUUCACAUUUUGACUGCAGUUUCAAUUGAGCAGCGUUGAAUCUGUUCUCGUCAUUAAUGUUGAAAAUUGUCAUCAUAAAUUUUGUGUCCAAUGCUGGAAUAAAUUGACAUUGCUGACUUAUGACGGACAUUCUAGAAAGUUCUUGAAGGACACUGGAUGUCCUGAAUCCCAACUAGCGAUGGAAUGUUUCCUUGAGCUGUCACAAUUUUCUAAGUUAGAAUGAAUUGAUUAAUACUGUCGUACAUAUCGAUCAACUAUAUUUAAUCUUCAGAUCAGAA